UAAAGCAGCGAGGGAUCACCCUUUUAUUUACAUUUUCACGAUGGAAUUCCCCACACAGAAACCCAGGAGCGUUUGUGGACAUUGUGACAAGGAUCUCUCUAAAACGCAGUAUUACAUGCAUAAAAGACUGUAUUUCGCAAAUGGAGAUUGGGUUAGGGAAUCCAAAAGAGAUCAAACCGAUGCUGUACAGGAUUCAGUGGCAUCCAGUCAAGACCACGGACAAGACCACACCGGGGAGAGUAACGAACCCUGGAAGUUAGAAGAUCAGGAAGAGACCUGGGAAGGAAAGAUUGAAGAAGAGGAAAUGCAUCUACUGCUCGACGACCCCGAAAAAGAAUCGAUACCAAAGAUUCCAGAUAUGAACCCACCAAGUGAUGCUAAAGACAAAGCCCACAGCGAGAUUAGGAUCUCAAACGUAGUGUCCACGAUGAACGGAGGUCCCCUGAACGUUACAUCGCCAUCAACACCACUGAGCAAUGGAGACGGUCUUGCACCCAGAGACAGGAUCCUGAUGGCUGCGAUUAAUGGUGUGUCCCGCCAGAUCACUGCUUUGCAACGUGAAAUGAAUCAGAACUUGGACGAGUUAAAUCAAGCCGCUGCCUCUGGCCAAGCUCUGCUGGUUUCCAUGGACGAGCGGCUGACUGCCCUGGGGAGGAACAGGUCCAGUGGGCCGGAGGGGAAGAGGAAAAGACGGGCGCAGUGUCCCAAGCUUGCGGAAUCUGUGCGACGUCUCCAUAACUCCAAGACAAAUGACAGGCGCUAUGAUCCAGAGGAAACCAUAAGCUCCCGACACAACGAGGCCGUGACUACACAUUUGGUCGAUACACUCGCUGGAAAUCCGGAUUGGCGCACUCUAAGAACCGACCUCAUUGUUUCUGCAUGUAAGACCUACUAUGCAACGGUACGGAGGAACUUCUGCUAUGGUCAACCAGAAUUUGAACAUCUGGGAACUGCACGGAAAAGUUCAGCUCGGUCUCGACAGAGAAGGCAGAGGUUGCUUGCAACGAGGCAGAGUGUCCUGGUGCCAGAUGAGGUGGAGUUCUGGAGCGGCACCACCAUCGACAUGAUGUCGGAUGAGGAGGACGGCACAUCUGAGGGGCUGUUUGGGUGGAUUGUGCGGCCUCCAUCCUUCCGCAGCCAGGAGCUCUCCGACCUGUGUGCCAAACUUCAGACUAGACUGGAAGCUGAUAAGAAGCACGCACGCGGCCACAGGCGUCUGUACACUGGGGCAGAUUCGGACAGAUUGCCACCCAGAUCCUACAAUCCAGAGAAUGCAAAGAAACAUUUUAAGCCUGAAAUUAGUCCCUAGAUCUGGGUGUUG